CACGUCCACGAAACUGUCACGUCAAUAAGUGACCGACAAAAUGCAAUAAAUUGAUAAAUUAAUCAAGUGGCAUGUUUAUAUAAUUGGUAUUAGUCAUGUUCCGUCUGACCAUAUCCCUGAUACGUCGGGGUCACGCCAGACGUAUGUUUCUCCACACAAAACCCGAAAUUCGACCAAAGGAACCUGGGAAAAAGGGCAAGUUUCAAGUCACCAUCAUAGGAUUAAAUCCAGUCGCUCAAAGCCUUUCCCUGCUGCUCAAGAAUCAUCCUCUCGUGGGUCGGAUAGUGUUAUACGAUCGACCAAAGUAUACAUAUGGCGUAGGGCUGGAUCUAUCUCAUAUCCCUAGUGGGUCGAUCGCGGAGGGACGGGCGGGACACGUCGGAGCUGCGCUGCACAACGCUGAUAUAGUGUGUCUAGCGUGCGGUGAACUCAGAAAACCCGGUCAGACGGACUAUGACUUAUUUAAAGUGAACGCGGAUCUCCUCAUCCAUCCUAUACAAGAACUUUGUAGACUAUGUCCCGACGCCUUCGUCGUAGAUCUCACCGAGCCCGUCAACUACACGAUCCCGCUUAUCAGCAGAAUCAUGGAAACCGAAGAAGCUUAUAACAAAAAUAAAGUGUUGGGUGUUACGAGCGUCGAUUCUAUGAGAGCCCAAGCUCGUCUACACCAGCUUUAUGAUAUACCGGAGCUAUUUAAAGAUAUCCACGUGCCAGUUAUCUGCGGACAUUCCGCUAGCACAUCAGUUCCACUAGUAUCGCAUGUCCGGCCUUGGGUCAAUAUCGACCCCAAAGGAGCCGCAAAUGUCAUAGAGUUUGUAAGGGAGUCGGGGAACGGAAUGCUGCAGAGUGGCUCGUAUCAAACUAGCCAGCUGACCGCUUUCGCGGGCGUGCAGACGGUCUCGGCCAUCCUCAACGCCCUAAGCGGCACCCCAGACGCACAAAUCGCGUUGGUGGCCAAUGACGCAUAUAAGACCAAAUUUUUUGCGAGUCCUGUAAAAAUUCAAAAAGACGGUAUAUCCGAAAUAGUGGACUUUAAAGUCAUAAGUAACAUAGAACAAACAUAUUUGAAUGAAUCAAUAGAAGAACUAGCGUAUGACGUAGAUGACGCUGAAUCAUACUACAAAGAAAUUUGUCACAAAUUAACUUAAGAGAUGAACA